CGAGAGGCUUAUCAUCACCAUGAUGAAAAUGCUCAGGUGGAUUUUUGUAGCAUGGUCUCCUCAGCUCAACUACAGCGGCAUUGCGCUCCACAAUCUUGAAGAAUUAGUAAGCCAAUGACAGGCGCUCGCUUGGAUGGUCAUUCCGGUGCCGCUUCAGCUCCUUUUCCUGAUUGUCUCUGUCGCUGCGACAACGUUUUUGAGCCCUGAAGACCGUAUUAUGGCUGAGAUUGUCAAGAGCUAUGGGACUGACACAGCGCCAAAUCGGUAUGAUCUCUCGGACCCGAGCGCUCCUGUUACGGUCCACUUCGGCAUCGCCGUUUUCGCGGUCCAGCAGCUAGAUCUUGUGCCAGGAACCCAGUUGCUGAACAUAUGA